AUGGAUAUAAAAUCCACUAAAACCUUAAAAGAGGAAAAAGGGUUCUCACAGGUUAUGACGAUCGGGGCGAGUGAUGGUGGUAGUGCUCGUCCACGCGGCGGCGACAAGAUCGGAGAGAUCAGAAAACCACUCAAGCCACCUCCCAACAAUCUCUCUUCUCAGUCAUCCACAAUCGGAAGUGGCCAAGAAUGGGAAUCGCGGACCAAACACAACAAAAGAAAACCAUAUUUUCAGAUGGAGACUGGUUUCGGGGGUUUUUCCGCCGAACACGAUCGUUAUCGUUGGUUUUUUUACGUCGUUUAUGGAAAAGGGCAAAGGCAAAAGACCCCACAAAAAGGAUGA